UUGAUUUCAUAUUUCUUCGUGAAUUUUAGUUAUUAUCAUGAACGGUGUGAAUUUUAGCUGUUAGAAACGUAAAUAAACAACUACAUGUUUUAGGAAUGGCUCUGCGAUACACUCAGGGUACAGUUGUUGGUCAAGGAAGUGAUCUGGAUAAAGAACGCGCUGCUGUUAAAUUAAGGAAGGCUAUGAAAGGACUUGGAACAAACGAGAAGGCCAUUAUAGAAGUUUUAAGUUCUCAUACCAACCAUGAACUACAGCAGAUAAAAGAUUAUUACAAAACAUGUUAUGGGAGGGUGCUGGGCGAAGAUUUACAGAGCGAGUUGAGUGGACAUUUUGAGAAGCUGUGUUUGUAUUUACUGCUUCCUCGACCACAUUUCCAAGCUUACUGUCUACACCACGCAAUGGAUGGUCUAGGUACAAAUGAAACAACGCUGAUAGAGAUAUUGUGCACCAGUACCAACGAUGAAAUAGCAGCUAUUAAACAGGCGUACACAGAACGCUUCAAGAAAGACCUUGUGGCGGAUCUUGAGGGCGACACAAGUGGCCACUUCCGGCGUGUUCUUGUUGGUAUUGCACAAGGGAACAGGAGUGAAGACCAGGUCAUAGAUCAAGCUUUAGUGAAAAAGGAUGCAGAUGACUUGCGAAAGGCUGGUGUUAAGAAGAUAGGUACAGAUGAAUCCGUGUUCAACAGAAUUUUAGUGUGUCGCAGUGUACCUCAUUUACAGGCAGUAUUCCAGGCGUACAAACUCAUGGACAAACAAGACAUUUUGUCAGCAAUCUGGUCCGAGACAAGUGGAAAUCUCAGGGAAGCUUAUCUAGCAAUAGCACGUUAUGUGAUAGAUCCACUGGAAUAUUUUGCCGAGUGUUUCUACCAGUCUAUGAAGGGGGCAGGAACAGAUGAUGAACGACUUAUGCAGUUAGUUGUCAAUCAUUGCGAAGUUGACCUUCAAGACAUAGCAGAGAAAUACCUGGAGAAGUACCACAAGGGUCUGUCACGAGCUAUAUAUGACGAUACCAGUGGAGAUUACCGGAAACUUCUUGUCAGACUCGCCAAUAUUAAUGUGAUACAACCAACUGCUGAACAGUUUAUGGCAAAAUAUUCUACAGAAACACCAGAAACUAAGCUGGUAUCAUAAAGAUUUACUGUGUAGCUAAAGUUCAAAGAUGGUUUCAUUGGAUUCAUCUCUUAAAUUAGAAACUCCAGUUCCCUUGAUAUGCACAAUAUCAUGGCAAAAGCCAAAUAAUAUAGCGUUUGACCAGAGAAUAUGUAAGUUAAGCAAUACUUUGGAGGACGAAUUCCAUUUCUUACUGAAUGCCCCAUCUAUCAAGAUAUUCAACAUAUGCAUAUGGCAAAAAUACUACUGGAAAAAUUCGAAUACUCUAAAAUUUAAAGAAUUGUUUCAAUCAGACAACAUAUGGAUAGUCAAAAAUCUAGCAAUGUAUAUAUUUAAAAGUUUCAAAAAAAGAUGUGUUAUACUUUACCAACAUUAACCAUGUCCUCUCAAUAUUUGGUAACUUUGUUAAAACAAUGUAUUUUGAUCUGUUUGUAUAAUAUGUGUAUGAUAUGCCAUUGACAUGUUUUCAAAUUAAUCACUGUAUAUAUAUAU